AUGCUAGAUGAGUUCAAUUCAAGUGAUGUCAUACUAUUUCAUUGGAGAGAUAUUGAUAUUAGGGAUCAGCCAACAGACAAAUUGUUUGAUCAGAAAUGGGUUUUAUAUAAUAUGGAGUCACCGAUGUAUACUUAUAUGAGUUAUCCAAACAGAUUGUUUAACAUAAGACUGUUUGAGUCAAUUGAUUGGACAAUGACUUAUAGGACCGACUCUGAUAUCUACAUACCUUACGGCACAAUCACUAAAUGUCAGCAAAAGUGGAGACCAAAAGUCAAACCGUUUCGAACUAAGCGCCGGUCGAUUGCUUGGGUUGUCAGCAAUUGUGAGACGGCAUCCAAACGCGAGUAUUUUGUCGAUCAAAUUAAAACUUUGAUGGAAGUAGACGUGUUUGGCGCGUGCGGUACAUAUGAAUGCAGCAGAAGUGACGACUCGUGUUUUAAAUAUAUUGAAAAACACUACAAAUAUUAUUUAGCAUUUGAAAACUCGCUCUGUAAAGAUUAUGUCACCGAAAAACUUUUUCAUAGUCUAAACUAUGAUAUAAUUCCCGUUGUGUAUGGUGUGGCCAACUAUUCCUCUAUAUUGCCUCCCAAUUCAUACAUUGAUGCGCUUAAGUUUAUUACAGUUUCACAACUCGUUGAUCAUCUUAAUCAAGUGGCUAAUGACCAAAAUCUUUAUGAAUCUUACUUUCAAUGGAAACACUAUUAUUGCGUUCAAAAUUCAAAUGAUUUUUGUCAACUUUGUCAAUAUAUCAAUGAAUAUAUAUAUAAAUCAAGUGAUAAUUCAGUAAAUCGUGAUAUUGUUAAAUGGUGGGUAAAUGAUGCACAUUGUCGUAGUAUUAAAUUUGCCAAAUAA